AUGCUCCACAACUGGCGCGAUGAAAGUAUUCAAAGCAUUAAUCAGAUGUAUGAGUUCAAGAAACAAGAGCUCGAUCGAUUAACACAAGCUGGUAGUGGACGAUUCGACUUAGAAAAGUCUGCUCAAUUAAAAGAUGUCGAUGAAUUAAAGACAGAAGCAGGACGACUAAUGACAGAAUGUAGUGUCACCUUCAUCCAUUUCCAAACUUUGAAAGAAAAAUUUUUCAACCUUCAAGAACAAUGUAAUGAAUUAAGCCGAGGUACAAUAACUACUGACAUCGUGCCAGCAAGAAUUGAUGACGACUCUAUCCAUUUUCGUAUCAAUGAUAUUCCUGAGUGGAAGGCAUCCUCCUCCCUGUCUAUGAGUAUCGCACGCUUAAGAAAUAACCCAAGAGUUCGUUUGGCUACGGUAAACUACUUUCACGGUGGAACUCUUCUAUCGUGAGAGCAUCAGUUGAAACUAAAUGAAUUCUAUGGAGAGAAAAAUAAUCAGUGGAACUUGGUAUACAAAGGUACGAGAAAUGGUUUGAAUAGAGAAGGCUUUUCAGAUCGUUCUAACAUCGAUGGUCAGUACAUGUAUAUCAUUCAGUCAAAAGAGGGAAAUUAUUUCGUUGGUCAUGGUGCCGAGAGAGACCCAAACGAAACUCAUUUCUUUUUACAUUAACAAACCCACAUCAAAUAGCACCUACAGCAUUCGAAAAAGAUGGAGAUUAUGAUCCACCGUUUAGAUAUGUUCCUCCAGUUCUUUUCUUCUUCGGUGAUGAUGAUAUCUUCGUAGACAAGAAAUCCGAUCAAGGACCCGUCUUCUACUUCGAAUUUCCGAAACAAUAUAAAGAUACAACUGGCAAAGGAUGCGAAUUAUUCACUGGUUCAAAAUAUUUCACUGUUCAAGAGAUUGAGCUGUACAGACUUAUUGAAACAAGUUACGUUUAUCCAGAGGAGCGCUUACAAAAAUAGACUGGUUUCUAGAUGUAACAUUUAAAAGAGACGUUAAAACUGACAUUAUUUUACUUACAUGAACUGUUUUCUUAGCUUUUACACUUCUGCUUUGGCAAUUAUUCUGUAUUCAUGACGUCAAUCGAAAAUGAAUGAUGUUCGAAGAAGAACUCAGAGGGCCAUCAUCGGUUUUCAAAGCAUUUUUCAGAGGCAGCUUCACUUUACAGAUAGGACUUGACGGUUUUCAACAAUUCGUGAUUUUCUAGAUGUUUGAAAGUAACUAAAUGUCUCUGUUUAUGCGAUUUCGAAAAGUUACUUCGGCAGUUUUACUAAAACUUUCUCCAGUUGCUGGAAUAAAGCCUUAAUCUAUGCAGAAAAAUGAGUUACGACUAAGUUCUAAAUGAGCGAAACGAAAAUAUUGUUUGUACUUACUGACGAUAAUAAUGAUUCGUUCGCAAUUUCAAAAACAUAGAUCUUUCAAGUUUCACAAUCACGAUUCAAGACUGAGUUCAUUAGUUCUAUCUAUCGCAGGUUGUUACGCUCGUGACAGACUAACUAUUGUACCUCUUCGCUGUUGAUUACCAUGGCCAUCAUCAGACAAUUUCAGCAAAUAAUGUGAGAGAAAAACGAUAUUGUUAGAAGAGGAUAAGAAUGUGUGUUUGAAGAAACGAUCAUGUACAGUGUGAAAAUAUCUUAAAAUGUUCAACACACCCUUCUCUUCACUUUAAGAUAUUGCAGAGCUCUGGAUCUGGUUUGCCGAAAACUAUUAAAGAAACAAAUGUAGAAUGGCCCAUAGACCUUUCUGGAAAACCAGUUUUUCAGAAACCUCAAAAAAUCCCCAAAACUUUUUCGAAAUAAAUCACGAUUAUAGCCCGCGAAAUUAUGAUCAACAUGAGACAUCUUUCAGCUCUGCACGGCCUUUCUUUGCAAAGUUAUAGAAUUCACAAGAAAAGCCCUAAAUGUUCAUUGUCACUACAGAAAGAAAAAGGAAAAAUGAAUUAAGAGCUUAUCUUGUAAAAUCUAUAACUUAGCAAAGAAAGAUCCUCGAAAGAUUCCCAAACCGCU